AUGCCGGGGUGGUGCAGCGACCUCAAAUACGCCGCCGCACUGGGCACGAGCGUGUGGCACGUGUGGCGGCCGAGCGCGGCGCGCAUCCUGGCGCUGCGCAAGGCGCUCGCGGGGCGGCCCGUGUGGGUCGCGGCCAGCACGCACCCAGGCGAGACGCGGGCGGCAUGCGCGUGGGACUCUUUUGAGGGCGAGGAGCUGCCCAUUGGCGGCGUCCACGCGUCCCUUCGCAAGGAGUGGCCCCGCCUGCUCACGAUCCUUGCGCCCCGCCAGCCGUGCCGCGGCCCCGAGGUCGCGGCGGCCCUGGCGGACCAACUGGGCCUCAGGGCUGUCCUGUGGAGCGGGGGCAGCGGCGGUGGCGGCGGCGGCGGGGGCGGCGAAGCGGACGGCGGCGGCGCGGCGGCUCAGGGGAAGCUGCACAAGGGGGCGGGGCAGGGGGGGCAGGAGCAGCAGCAGGAGGGGCGACAGCAGGGGCAGCAGCAGCAGGGUCUGCAGCAGCAGCAGCAGCAGCAGCAGCAGCAGCAGCAGCAGCAGCAGCAGCAGCAGCAGCAGCAGGGUCAGCGCGCCUUCCCCGAUCUGGAGGGUGCUGACGUGUUGGUGCUGGACGUGGCGGCUGACCUGCCCCUCAUGUACUGUGUCUCCGAAAUCGCGUUUAUCGGCAACUCCCUGCUGGAGGGCUGCGGCGGCCACAACCUGGCUGAGGCCGCGGUGGCGGGCUGCGCGGUGGUGGUGGGGGAGCACGCGGGGCACUUUGGCCAGAUGGCGGAGGAGCUCAACCAGCGUACCUGA